AUGGCCGACGAUCCUCCCUGCAAGGCAGCCCUGUCCCCCAGGGGAACGGGUCUCUGGGGGCUGCCAUUCCGGGAGACCUCCCGGCCCCACCUGGAGGCUGGCAUCCCCGGGAACCGAGAGAACUUUGCGCGGGCGGGCGUCCCGGGGCGGGCGGAGGCAGGGAGAGGAGGGGGGGCGCCCUUUCCGGUCCCGAACCGGUGCGCCCCCCCCCCCGCCGGAGCCCCCCAAGGCGUCGGCGCGGCGCCUCCCCCUGGCCGGGCGGGGGGAGGCGGAGGGAGCGGCGGCGGCGGCGGCGGCGCGCAGGCAGGGCAGAGUCUCCGCCCCGGCCGCGCAUCCGCCGCCGCCGCCGCCGCCGCCGCCGCCUCCGGGAGCCGGGCCGGCGGAGCGGGGCGCGCCUCCCGUGCCGGCCCGCCCGGCGAUGAGGACGGCCGCGCGAAGAUGGAGCUCGCCUCGCCUCUGCUCGGGCUGCUGCUGCUGCUGGAGGGCAUCGCCGCCCAGGGCGUCUACGCCCCACCCACGGUGAGGAUCAUCCACUCAGGCCUGGCCUGCAACAUCGAGGAGGAGCGCUACUCGGAGCGAGUGUACACGAUCCGGGAAGGGGAGACGCUGGAACUUACCUGCUUGGUGACCGGCCACCCUCGGCCACAGAUCAGGUGGACCAAAACAGCAGGCAGCGCCUCCGACCGCUUCCAGGAUUCCAGCGUCUACAACGAGACCCUUCGGAUCGCCAACAUCCAACGGCAUCAAGGCGGGCGCUACUACUGCAAGGCCGAGAACGGACUGGGCUCUCCCGCCAUCAAGUCGAUACGAGUUGAUGUCUACUGCUGCCCAGAGCUCCACCACUCUCCUCCUCAGGGUGAGGUAGCUAUCACCCUCUCCUCUUCUGAACACAUAGCUAUCACCCUUUCCUCUUCUGAACAAGGCGAGACCAAGAUCCUGAAGCUGAAGAACCUCCGACCGCAGGACUACGCCAACUACAGCUGCAUCGCUUCCGUCCGGAGCGUCUGCAACAUCUCGGAUAAGAUGGUGUCUUUCAGGCUUUCGAACAAAACAGCCUCUCCCUCGAUCAAGCUCCUGGUGGACGACCCCAUUGUGGUGAACCCCGGGGAAGCCAUCACGUUGGUGUGCGUCACGACCGGCGGGGAGCCCCUCCCGACGCUGACCUGGGUGAGGUCCAUCGGCGCCUUGCCCGAAAAGGCAGUCCUGAAGGGCGGGACGUUGACGAUCCCCACCAUCACUUUUGAUGACGCUGGCGCCUACAGCUGCAUCGCCAACAACAACGUCGGGAAUCCGGCAAAAAAGUCCACCAACAUCAUCGUCCGAGCCUUAAAGAAAGGACGCUUCUGGAUCACACCAGACCCUUACCAUAAAGACGACAACAUCCAGAUCGGCCGAGAGGUCAAGAUUUCCUGCCAAGUGGAGGCGGUUCCGUCGGAGGAGCUUACCUUCAGCUGGUUCAAGAACGGCCGGCCGUUGCGCAGCUCGGAGAGGAUGGUCAUUACUCAGACGGACCCCGAUGUCUCCCCGGGGACCACCAACCUGGACAUCAUUGAUCUAAAGUUCACUGACUUUGGGACGUACACCUGCGUCGCAUCUCUGAAGGGGGGUGGCAUCUCCGACAUCAGCAUCGACGUCAACAUUUCCAGCAGCACAGCUCUCCAGAAGAAAUGCUCUUCCCCCUUGACACGCAAGGUCACCAGUUCCCAAGGGGAGAACAACGGUCCCGACUUGGUCCGGGUCAACCUGAGUGCCUCAGUCAAGCCUGUCUUGGUCCAGGUGGUGGCUACUACUGGACUGGGGAGGUCUCCGGAGAGGAAUAAGAAAUACAAACACAAAAAGCUGAUCGGCGGACUUGGAGAACCUCGCAACAGGAAUCCGACUGUCAGCCGGCUGCAGAGACGGGCUGUCACAAACGGCCAGGGUAUCUUGCGCAUCUCAGUACUUCUCGGCUAUGCAAACCACCUCAUCCCAAACAUGAAGAAUGGCACAAUUAUGCAUAAAACAUUGGCCCUGGAGUCGGAUCCACCUGCCGUCGAGCCGACGUUCCUGGAGAUCCGACAGGGCCAAGGCCGGAGUGUCACCAUGAGCUGCCGGGUGCUCAGAGCCUACCCAACCCGGGUCUUGACUUUCGAAUGGCGACUGGGCAACAAGUUGCUACGGACAGGACAGUUCGACGCUCAGGAUUCCACGGAGUACAUCAUCCGGAGCCUUUCGAGGGACAGUUACGGAGUUUACAACUGCAACAUCAUCAACGAGGCGGGAGCCGGAAGGCCCCCGUUCCCCUUGCGGGCUCAGGACCUCCACCAAUAUUUUGUAAAACUUUAA